CCUUCUUUUAGGUGACUAUAGUAAUAGUCUAUCUUUUUCUUGAUUCAACAACUUCUUUUUUGUACGUAGUUUACUUACUUACUCACUUACCUACAUACCUACAUACACACAUAUACACACAUUUGUACAUACUCACCUACAUGGAUUAUGGGCCAAAGUUAUAGCAGCAAUAGAAAUAGGAACAGCUACAGAAGAUAUGAGAGCAGUUCUACAGUAUUUGGCUAUUCAAAGUCCUCAACAACAUCUAUCUAUAUCAAGCAAGAAGACAAAGACAGUGCUAUUCACAGGCAUCAUGAAGAUCGUUUGACGUUGCAACCUCAGCUCUACGGGCUUGAUAAUAGUAGUUUCGGUCAGCUACAAAAGGACAUCAAAUAUAUUGACCAAACAUAUUAUACAACAUCAUUAUCAACAACAACAACAACAGCAGCAGCAGCAGCAACCGGAGAUAAAGUCAAAAAGAAGAAACGUCAUUUAUUCAUCAAGAAAGAUACUAAACGAACUGAAAAACCACUUUGCUUUCAAGACAUUCCAAAGACUUGUUGGGAACAAGAACAAAUUAUCUUUACAAGAAGAAAUCUUUUUUCACUAUCACCACAAAUUGGAUAUUUGACAAUGAUACGAAAAUUGGAUCUAUCGCACAAUCAGUUGAAAGACAUACCAUCAGAAAUAGGCUAUCUAUAUCAGUUAGAAGUGUUAUGCUUAGCGCACAAUCAACUGCAAUCGAUCCCACCGACCAUAUGUUAUUUGUCUCGAUUAGACGAGCUCAACUUGACUUGGAAUCAAUUGAGCCAGCUUACACCUUACAUCAGUCAAUUGAAGCAACUAAAAUCACUGUAUUUGGGCCAUAAUCAACUGGAAGAACUGCCUGCUUGUAUCAUAAAGAGCCUUUCCAAUUUAACCUUAUUGGAUGUCUCUUACAACACAGCCAUCCACAUCUUACCCGCUGAAAUCACUCAAUUACCGUAUCUACGACGGUUGCGUUUGGACGGUUGCUCGUUUGACGAAGGAAAAGAACUUGUGAAUACGAUUGUGCACUCGCCUCCCUCUCUCUUUGAUUCCUGUGCAAGAGAUUUACUGUUAUCACUACUCACACAAUCCACCAGCUCUGUACAACGAUCACUGCACCUCUUACGACAGUGCAACCCAGCUAUGGCAGAUUACCUAUCUACCGCGCAACUUUGUAGUCACUGUGGGCAGCCUUACUUUGGUACCUAUAUUGCACGGUAUAGAUGGGUUGAACGAAAUGAGAUGUGGAUACCCUUAGAAUAUCGAUUGUGCUCCGCUCAUUGGUCAGAUGAGGAAGCAGAUAGACUCUGCGCCAUGUUUUCAUCACCCUCACCCUCACCUAUCCUCCACUCGUCGUCCAAGGGAAAACAACUACCCAGCAUUGGCAUGGACAGUCUCUUCUCCGUCAUGGGGAACAUACCAGAAUUACCUAAUUUGUCACCUUUGUCAACAACAGAUGUAGUAGAUCCAUUGCAGACGACUGCUGCUGCUGCUGCUGCUGCUGCUGCUGCUGCUGCAACAUGUAAUAAACAAAAAUGUAAAAUCAACAAAAAGACGCGUCGAUCGCGGUCUAAUAAUAGUAACCAGGCUGUCGAAAAUGCACAGCUUUUAGAGCCACAGCAACAAAAUGGAACCUUAAGAGUACAUUAUGACAGCAGUAGUAACAGCAAUACAAGGACGGCCCGUAUGACGACAACUACUUCUCCUGAAUUGAUGCUUGCUUCAUCCUUAUUGGUGGAUGACGUCAUCAACAGCAAUAACAUCAACCACCACCAUCACCAGUUAACUACGACGACGACGACUUCACCGACCAAAAAUAGAUGGCGAUUUCUUAAAGUUCGCAACUGCUCAUCCUUUAUACACAAAUACCAUUGACCUUUUUUACAUUUCCAGAAAACUCUAAUAAAUAAUUGUGUAC